UGACAGUUCAUGCUCCAUCAUUGUCACCCCGUGUGAAAGUUUCUGAGAUAGUAAAGAAUGAAUAGUGAAUCUAUGGGUAAUACAUUGAAUUAUGCGAACAAGGUCAUAUUGGCGCCUAUGGUACGAAUAGGAACUCUACCCAAUAGGCUUCUUGCUUUGCAUUAUGGUGCAGAUAUUGUUUAUGGUGAGGAACUUAUCGAUUACAAGAUGUUACAGUGUAAAAGAGUUGAAAAUGAUAUUCUAAAUACAGUAGAUUUUGUGCUUGAAAAUGGUCAACCUGUUUUUCGAACUUGUGCCAAGGAAAAAGAUAAAUUGGUCUUCCAAAUGGGUACAUCAGAUCCACAGAGAGCUUUACAAGUUGCCAAAUUAGUAGAAAAGGAUGUUGCUGGGAUUGAUGUGAACAUGGGAUGCCCUAAAGAGUUUUCCAUUAAAGGUGGUAUGGGAGCAGCUUUGUUGACAAAACCAGACAAAAUUAAAGAUAUAUUGACUACACUAGUGAAUGGAGUAUCCAAACCUGUCACUUGUAAAAUUAGGAUUUUACCAAAGGUGGAGGAAACCAUAGCAUUGGCCAAGCUUAUACAGAGCACUGGAGUUGCAGCAGUUGCUGUGCAUGGACGACUCAGAGAAGAGCGCCCCCGACAUCAUGUCAAUUGUGAUAUUAUUAAAGCGGUAGCAGAGUCACUUUCCAUUCCUGUCAUUGCUAAUGGAGGCUCAGAUGAAUAUCUCAACUGCUACGAAGACAUUGAAAAAUUUAAGUUGUUAACUGGCUCAUCAUCUGUGAUGAUUGCAAGAGAAGCUCAAUGGAACAUGUCAAUAUUUAGAAAAGAUGGUUUAUUACCUGAAGAUGAUAUAUGUAAAGCUUAUCUAAAAUAUGCAGUUGACUAUGACAACCCAUAUACAAAUAGUAAAUAUUGUUUACAACAAGUCUUACAUAAAAACAUGGAAUCUAGUCAAGGACAUGCAUUGAGACGUGCCGAGUCUGCUAAAGAUGUUUGUGCAAUAUGGGGUAUGGAGGAGUAUUGGCAAGAAGUGCAAUCAAAACAACAACGAAGUAAAGAAUAUUUUGAAAGACAACGUGCACCUCAUGAUAACUUCUAUACAGGUAUGAGGAAAAGGAAACUUGAAGAUGGAAGUAACCUUGUUGAGAUGCACAUCCGUUUUGUCAAGAAGGACUACAGUCAAGAAAAAACUCCAAAGAGUUACCUGAUUGAAUAUUGUAGAAAACAGAAACUUGCAGAACCAAGUUAUAAAACAGAAGAGAGACCAAAUGACCGCCAUUACAAGUCCAUUGUCACAGUUAAUGAGAAUAAAUAUUCAUCAACAUACUGGGAGAAAAGUAAAAGAUUUGCUGAGCAGUCUGCAGCUAUUGUGUGUUUGAGUUGCCUGAAUGAAUAUGAUGGAAAUAAAAACUUUGAUAAAACAGGGAUUCUAUCAGCUGAAAUAAUGCACCAUGGGAAAAAUGACUGUCAUGACAAUAGCAAGGAGAUAGAGACUGUCGUGAAUGUUAUAAAAAGUGGUGGUUGUCAUGGAAAUAACAAAAGGCACAAAACAGAAUCCUCAGAACUAAUGCCUGAUGAACAACAGUAUCAUAAAGCACAGGAAUUAAACACAAAUGAACAUCAGGUCUAACAUUCAAAAAAGUCAAUCAAAUAGGACAUAGUGAAGAGUCAUGUGACUAUUUCUGUACAUUUUCAAAUUUGGCAGACUCA